AUGACGAAAGACGACCUCCCAAACAAAGGAGAGGAGCAGAUCUCCGAGAAACCAGAGCAAGACAAUAUGGAUCCGUCGAGGUUGUCGAGCUCGAGCUCGCAGAGACAGUCCUCGGGCGGCCAGUCCAAUAACCCAUACGAUGCACACGAGAGCAUUUUGGAACCUCAGCAGCAGCAGCAGCAGCAGCAGCAGCAACAGCAACAACCAAAGAACCAGUACCGAGGCUCCGCGGCCACCUCACACCUGGACUUUAAAAAUGUCGCCCUGCGCCACCAGUCGUACGCGUCGCAAAGAUCGCAGCAGUCGCGGCUGAUGACGCCGCCGCACCACCAGCAAAACACGCACCCGCCGUCCUUUGCCUCGUCGACCGCCAUGCCGACGCCCAUGUUUGGCGACUUUGUCCUGCACGGACACGACAACUUUGGCGCGGCGGCCGAGGAGGAGGACGAGGACCACGCGCUCGACAGGGAAAAGGAGGAGGCGGCAGAGAACCCCGUGACGGAACCCGAGCCCGAGCUGCCGCCACCCGUCAAGCUGCACCAGAGGCGAAAGAUGGUGUUUUAUGCGCUGCGGUACUUUUUGAUCGUGGCCGUUGUCGCGGUGCUGCUGAUCGUGCCUGUCAUUGUGAAGCAGGGCGAUGCCGAGAUCGACUUGAAUGAUAGCGACGCCGUCAGGAGGCUCAAGAAGGACCAGGUUGUGUUUUGGACCUUUAUUUGGCUGACCAUAUCAUGGCUCGGCUUUGUGCUGUUUGAUUUGAUUGGACUGGGGUUGCCAUAUUUGUUUCGAUUCGUGGCUAGAUAUGUCAAUCCGGCACACCAAAAGUACUGGAGGUUCCUCAGGGUUGUGAGGAGGCCAAUCUGCCUGUUCUUCGGCAUCGCCCUGAUGUUUAGCGCGUAUGCGGGACUCAUCACAUACAAUGAAGAUUUGGGCAUCAACGUCAACAAAAAGGACGCCAGUGGUGAUUUCUUGGAGAUAGGAUGGACGUUUAUCGUCAACGAUAUUUUGGAGCAGAUCACCAUCUGGGCGGGCUUCUACGCCGUGGGGAAGAUUUUAAUCUUGUACAUCUCCAUCCACUACCACUAUCGGGGAAACAACACCAAGAUCCUGCGCUCCAAAGAAAUGAUGAACGCCCUCAUCACCCUGUACGAGGCGUCCCUGGCCGUACAUCCAGCGCGGCCCAACGACCACAACAACCCAUUCGCGACCGAGGACACCAUAAUCCAGUCUGCGACGGGUCGCGAAUACUCGUCCGGCCGCAAGACAGCGAGGUCGUACCUCACGCGCAUGGGAAUCGACACGUACGGCAUGGCGACGUUUUUCGGCAACUUCUUGUCAGACGACCCCAGGUCGCACUGGCUGCGCCCCGCUUCCGCCUACGGGACCAUCGAGCGGUGCCUGGCGAACCCCCGCACCGCCGCGGCCCUGGCGCGGCGCAUCUGGGUCAGCCUGGCCGUCCAGGGGAGCGAUGUGCUGACGUCCGAGGACGUAGUAGAGGUGCUGGGCUUCUACCGCAGGGAGGAGGCGGCAAAGGCCUUCAAGACUGUGGGCCCGAUGGCGGACAAUGUCCGUCUGGAUGAGUUUGCCAUGGCCGUCGUAGAGGCGGGCAAGGUCAGACAUGAUGUCUACCGUGCCAUGUGUGGCGCGGAUCAUGUGCUUAAUGUCUUGGACUGGAUGAUUGUUGGCACCAUAGCGUCUGUCAUGACCCUGUUCAUCAUGCUUCUCUACGUUCCCUCCAUCAAGGAGAUCCAGCAACAGGCUUCGGUCUUUGCAGUAGGUCUCAGUUUCGCCGCUGGCAGGGUGGUGCACCAUUUUCUCAUCGGCGUGGUGUAUGUCUUCUUUGAUCACCCCUUUGACGAGGGCGACCGAGUCGAGGUGUACAAUCUCUCGUCAACAAACAAGACAGCAUGCGUCGUAAAACGCAUCUCACUGCUCUACACCGUCUUUCGACGCGUGGACAACGGCGCCGACAUGCAGAUACAGAACCAACAGCUCGUCAUGAAGCGCAUCGAGAACAUCAGCCGGUCCGGUAACAACAGGCAGAUCCUGCAGCUAUGUGUAGACUUCAAGACGAGCUUUACUGACAUUGUAUUCCUGCGGAGGGAACUGGAGGCCUUUGUCCGCGCAGAAGAGAACUGCAGGGAUUACAUGCCUGAGAUAGGCUGCUCGCUUGUCGGCGUGCAUGAACUCAACAAGCUGGAGCUCAAGUGCUCAGUCACGCACCGGAGCAACUGGGGCAACGAGAAGCUGCGCUCGGCCAGGUCCAAUAAGUUUUACUGCGCCGUGCUUGCAGCAGUGCGCAAGAUCCCGCUUAAUCGGCCCGGUGGUCCCCUGUACAUGGGCGAGGCCGGCAGGCCCGUAUAUACGGCACAACUCAACGAGGAGGAGGCCAAUCGCAUGGUCCAGCGGAGCCACGAGGCGCUCGUGUCCGCGCGUGCCGACCACCACCCAGGGACAUGCAGAGACCAAGAUGAGGAGCAGCAGCAUGACGCCAAGGAUGCAGAUUCAGAAUCGGUACUUAGAGACAAGGAGAGGAGAGACAAGGCAAAGGCGGAGAGGGCAACGGCAGCCGAGGCGGAGAGAGUUGCACUCGCCACUUUGCAGAGAGUCCCCACACCAGAAAAGAAAAAGGUGCUCGGUGUAAGCUCCGCUGUGCAGGUGAAUGACUACAUUGGGAGGUCGGCAACCGGGAUGAGGAUAAAGCCGGGCUCAGCAGGUUACUACUGA